GGCCGUCUAGAGGGACUGGGCAUGAAUCUUUGCAAAGUAGAUAUAAGCUUGUAUAGGUAAACAAUAAAGCGGAGAACGAUGUUCAAAUCGUAUUGGUGUAUGUAUUGUUACUCUGGCCAGCUCUCCAGCCUCGAUCCCUUGAACCUGGCGCCUGAGCAGGGACUCAAGUGAUUUUUCACUUAAAUGCGUUUCGCUUGAAUGUGGCAAGACUCGGAAUCAUCGCACCAGCGGUGAGGAGCCUGGAGAGAUGGAGCGGGAGUGUCCCGGCAAAAAAGUUGAGCGGAACCGGAGACCAGAGCUCGCGCGGCUGAGUGAGCCCCCGCAGGAGCUGCUGGACCCGGCGGGGAAGGAAGUUACCCUGCAGACGCCUGAGGGAGAACUGGAAGCGAAGGCAGAAGCAGAACCUCCCGACUCUGGGGGCGGGGCGCAGACGAGCAGAGGAGAAACAAGUGGUCCUAGCCGCCGGCUGGACAGCGGAUCAUCGUCCAACUGCGAAGCAGCCUCUAUGGCUUUGUCACCCGCAGAGCCAGAGCCAGCCAGGGCUGCCGGGGGUCAGCCCCAAGAGGAGGAGAAGCACUGAGAGAUGAUGCAUGAAGUAAUCAAGAAGCUUGCUGAAUUGUCUAUACGUCAGGACGUACUAGAAUCUAAGGCUUGCAAAACCACACCAUCAGCACCAUGGCGUCCCGUGGACCCACCGGUCAAGAUGACCACCAGAAUUCCUCCGUUCCUGUUGGGAGAACCGGGCACAGGGCCUACGGCCCCUCCCUUCCCACAAGAGGAGGUGCAGCCAUUGCCUCCAUCAGCCCUGACAGGGAGGACUGACCCAUUGCGAAGGAGAUGGAACAGAGCUGUCUGUAACACAAUCACUGAGGGAGAUUGGCGAGCCAUAGAUGCCCUAGCCUGCCCUGUACUGAUACAAGGGGACACUGCAAAGUGGGAACCCCAUGACUGGAAGAUCUUGCAGCAAGCCAAGCAAACGGUCACCACGCACGGCCUCCGGUCUGAAACUACACGAAGCAUUCUGCAGUUUAUCUUUACAGCAGAUGUCCUGUGUCCUAAUGAUUGCAUCAGCAUCACACAAUUGUUAUUAACCCCUUCACAGUUCCUGCUCUGGGAACGAAUGUGGAAGCGGCUAGCACAAGGAGAAGCUAGCAAACAUCAAGGUGACACACAAGACCCACUGUAUGCGAUCCAAGCCGACAUGCUAACUGGGAGCGGGGCUUUUGGAGCGACAGUGGCACAGCUGACCAUGCCCGCAAUCAUUCAUCAGUUGUCACAGACUCUUGCCCACAAAGCCUUGUUGUCAGUACCCGAAAAGAAGAAGUCUCCCCCUUAUGCAGCAAUCCGACAGGGGCUGUCAGAGCCAUAUGGUCAGUUCAUUGACCGUCUGUCAGCAGCCUUAAAGGAUGCAACUGAGCUCUCUGAAGAGCUCCAAGAGCAAAUGUUCCGAACACUUGCCUUUGAAAAUGCUAAUAGGCAAACUAAGACAAUUCUUGCCACGCUGCCCCAGGGAGCAGGAGUAGACAAGAUGCUCGUGCGUGCUAGCCGUGUGGAGCAGUCGUCUCAAACAGCUGCUUUUACUGCAACACUGCAGAAUGUCCUGCAACAACAGGGACAAGUCAUCACCGCAGCACUGACGGGAGGGGCGCAAAGAAAAAAGGGGGCGAAGGCUGCUGGCCCACCUCCUGGUCCCCGGACGGGUGGAGUAGCCUGUUUCCAGUGUGGGGAAGAGAGGUCUGCACAACCUUCGGGAGACAGAUGACCCUAUUGGAGAUUAGCUUAAGGGUCUGGGUAUCACCGGAUGGCUGUGUACCUUGGUAGUAGAAUGCUGCCCAUUGCUAUUUGUAGUUAUAAUAGGCUUAAUAGUAUUUGGGUGCAUUUUUUCUUGCAUUAAAGCGGGGCUGCGAAAGAUCAUCGACCAGGCCUGGGUUGCCCAAAAAGAAAACGGGGGAUGUGUAGAGGGAUUCCUUGUGGAACAGGGGCAUGUGAUACCCCUGGA